GACGCCAGGAAGAUCCAGUAGACGACGGAUCAAACGAUAAAACUUUGACAUGUUUAUCUCUGACAUCGCUUGCCUGUGUGUCAAAGUAUCUGGGGGUGUGGAUUUGUUAUCAGUAGCUUUAGUAGAUCUGGUCAAAGUGCAUUCCUGCAUUUCUCGCUUUUCCUGCACUGGAGAAUCUACAUUCUUUUAAUUUAACUGUGGAAUAAACUCUAACAAGGUUGCAGGAAUGACUAAAGAGAAAACCCAGUGGAAGGAGUUUUUGGAGACAAUAAGCGUUCUGCAAUGGGUGCUAACCUUUCUCCUCUUAGCACUGUUUUGCAUUAUCUUGAUGGUGUAUCUUCUGUUUACCUCGCUGUGGCCGCUCUCCACUCUCUACUUCAUGUGGAUGGUGAUGGACUGGGAAACUCCUGAGAGAGGGGGCAGGAGGACAGCAUUUGUGAGGAAGUGGAGAGUAUGGGAGCAGUUGAGAGAUUUUUUUCCAAUCAAAUUGAUGAAGACAGCCGAGCUGAGUCCAAACAAGAACUACAUCUUGGGUUGUCACCCACAUGGCAUCAUGAGUGCUGGAGCCUUUACCUGCUUCAGCACAGAGAGUUGUGGCUUCACUGACAUGUUUCCUGGGAUGCGAUGCACCCUGGCGAUACUGGCAGGAUUGUUCAGGGUACCAUUGUUUAGGGAGUACAUAAUGGGUGCAGGUCUUUGCCCAGUCAGUAAACCGAGCCUUGUCCACCUCCUCUCAAAGAGUGGCAAGGGCAAUGCAGUGGUGAUUGUGAUAGGGGGCGCUGCUGAGUCGCUGUCAUCCUCUCCUGGAGCCAACACCGUGGUCGUGAGACACAGAAAGGGAUUUGUCAGGAUGGCCCUUGAGUUUGGGGCUGAUCUGGUGCCUGUUUACUCGUUUGGGGAGAAUGAGCUCUUCCAGCAGGUGAUUUUCUCAGAUGGCAGUCUGGGUAGGAGGUUACAAGACCUGUUCAAAAAGAUUGUGGGUUUCGCCCCGUGUCUGUUUGUUGGGGAGCGCUUGGCAGUCAUGCCCUACAGGACUCCCAUCACCACUGUCGUGGGAAGUCCAAUCUCAGUGCCAAAGUGUGUUACACCCACCGAGGAGGAGGUCGACCACUAUCAUAAACUUUACAUGGACGCCCUGUCCAAAUUAUUCCAUGAACACAAAGUCAGCUGUGGACUUCCUGAAAGUCACAAGCUUCGGAUUAUUUAGACAUUUAUUUGUCAUGUCCACAUGAACUGUGUAGCUGUUUCUUUGCUGCUUUAUGUGGGGCUUCAAACCUGUAGGUUUCUUCAUUCAUGCUGAAAUUAUUCAACGUGAAUGCAUGCUUUUUAAAGGGAUAGUUCACCCCAAAAUACUAAUUUAUCCUCUUUCCUGCAGGGUUAAUUAUUCAUCUUUUGUAUCACAGUGAAGAUGGAAUCCAGUAUCUACAUAUGGAUGAGUGGCUAACUAGAUAACAUCACAACUAAUGUUUAUUCUAUGCAGUUAUUAGCCUCUCGGCCAAUAGUAGAUACUGCUACCUUCUGCACGGUUGGCAGGUGUAUUCGGUGGAAAGAAAAUAGUUCCUACAGGAAACUGCUUACAAAAAGGUCUGUGGAUUAUCUUCAGUGUCCUGGUCAUGAUUUCUGGAAAGAGACAUUACUACUUUUUUUUGGGUGCUUUGAGCAUUAGACGCUGAUCUUAUUCCAUUAUAUUUGAAAGAAGUCUGAUGUCUCCAUGUUGGAUAUCUCUAAUGACUUAGCCACUCACACCAAAUAGAUGAAAUAAGAGAGCAGGUAAGCUGAAAUACGUGCAUUUUGGUUUUGGGGUGAACUGUCCCCUUUAAAAUGAUCAUUAGACUACAAUGUGCUUUAUGUGGGAAUGCUGUGUUGUGUACACUACUUUUUUGCUACGUUCUUUGUCUUGAACUGCAAUAUGUUCAUACUGCACAUAAAGAAGUGUGACGAAAAGGCAGCUGCAUAUAAGAAUAAAUUAUUCGUUGUCAAAAUGUG